AUGUUCAAAGUCUCUAACACCAUCGUCGCCGCCCUCAUUGCCGUCCUGGCCAUGGUUGGUGAUGCCAGUGCCGGUAUCCCUGCUCGUCGCGACAUCGCUCUGGCGGACAACCCAGUCGACGCCUGCAACGGCAGCAACCACUAUGGCGUCGGACAUAGCUGCGCCUGGGCGGGUGGCAACGAAGGCACCUGCCAAGUCAACCCCAGUGGCGUACUAGUCUGUGUCAACUGA